AUCGUGCAGGACGACACAAACACCGAGCGAGGCCCAGGACAAGUGUGUGUCUCUCUUCCUUUGAAUGGAGGGUGGCCUCCUUUUUUCUUUUUUUAUUUAAUUUUUGUUUUUCUUGUUGUUGUUGUUGUCGUUGUCGUCGCCAAGUGUAACCUUCUCUCUCUCUCUCUCUCUCUCUUUUUCUGGGCCCCUUCCUUUCUUUUCUUUCUUUUUACUUUCUCUGCUUGGCUUUGUGCGAUCCAACCUCUUCGUUCACAAUCAAUGAAUGACCCCAAUUACACUACGCGUGACCAGAAACGGAACAGACGGAUAUCAAACUCACAGCACCAGCAACAACAACAGAACCAGCACCCGUCGUCGCGUGGUGACGGUCGAAGAAGGGUAGCAACAGCAACAGGAUCAGAAACCACGAAAGCGAACCGACCUCGUUCGGGGUCUUGGGGUGUCCAAGAACUGUACUAUUAUAUGAACAAUGCUGCCGGCGUCGACAACAACGGCGACGUCUCGAGACUUCAACAGCAACAUCCCCAGGGCAAACCUAAAUCACGGUUCUUAUCCAAACUAAAGAUGCAGCGAGCAGCAGCAGCAGCAACAGCAACAAACACGGCACCAGCGUCAGAAUAUAUGUCGGCGUCGUCUUCUGUCAUGACGCUCGCACCGUCCAACACUGUCAACAACGCUGUACCACCCUCUGAGUCACUGAGCGGAAACAAUAAGCAAAAACGGCGCCCGCCGCUUCCGUUGGAGAUGGUGCAGCCCGAUCAGACAGUAUGCUCCACACCGCAUCCGUCUUUGGCUCGAUACGACCAAGAAAAGCCACUGCCAGCAGUGAUAGAAGCACCCUUGUUUGCCAUGACGCCCACAACCAACAGCAGCAGCUCCAAUGCAACACCGUCAGCAUCAAAGAACCACCACACCAUCAAUAGUAGCAGCAGUAACAAUAAAAAGAGGACAACUAUUAAAAGUAUCGGCCGGUUUUUCCGCGCACUGGGCAAGAACCAGUCCUUGGAACAGCAACAGUCAUCUGCCACUACCACUUCAACAACAGCUGCCUACGGCAUAGACAAUCAAUUAUACCAGCAGCAGCAUCUUGCUUCCGUCACCAUCGAUCCCGUUACUGCCACACCACCAUUUCCGAGACGAUCCAGAUCCAUUGACAGUAUGUAACUCGGUAGUAAUGAGAUGAGAGAAAGGGCUUAUCCCGGACUGAUUUGAUCAAUUUAGCUAUACCCGGCAUAUUGGAAGAAUCGUCCAAAGAUAUUGCAUUGAAAAACAACAAACAUGAAUCCCCAGUGGCUCAUCGACAACUCCCACGCAAAUAUUCCACACUCAACUGCUUAGAGUCGAAACAACAACA